GCAGCAAUAAUAUUACAAUCCAAACACGCACACACACCCCACCUACCUACCUAGCAAGCUGGAGUAGGAAGCCGGCCAGCAAGGAAGGAAUACCUCGUGGCAAUUUCGUCCCCUCCUCUCUUGGAUUCUUCCAUGGAGGAGCAAGGUGAGCGACACAUCCAGCUUCAGCUACUGCUCCUCCCUGCGCCUGCAGGUCAUCAUCAAGUCCUGCGUGACGUACCGGCGGCGGUGCCAGCCAGCGCCGUGGAGCCCCCCCAGCUGGACCUCGAUCUGACCAUGAGCAUCGGGCCGAGGCGGCAUCCAGCGGCCCAAACACCGGCGCCUUCGCCGCCGCCGCCGCGCGCGCGGUCGCCACCCACGAACGAGAACAGGAGGGCGUCGGCAAUGAUGAUGAGCACGGUGCUGGCGCCGGUACCGGCCAGCGCGAGGCAGCAUCAGAAGCACCAGCAGUAUGCGGGCGCUGAUGUGCGCGCCGUGAAGCAGCAGGCCGCGGACCAGGCCCGCAUGGCGUCUGCCGAGCGCGCCUACGCGGAGCGCGUCCGGGAGCUGGCGCGGCGGGAGCUGGAGCUCGCGGAGCGGGAGUUCGCGCGCGCCAGGGCCAUCUGGGAGCGCGCCCGCGAGGAGGUGGAGCGCGUGGAGCGCAUGAAGCAGAUCGCGGCGAGGCGCCUCGUCGGCUCGGCCGCUUCGUCCGCCGCGGUGCUGGAGAUCACCUGCCACGCCUGCAUGCAGCGCUUCCACCCCUAGCUAGCUAGCUAGCCCCUGCUGCUCUACUCCGGGCCAGAUCCUAGCUAGUACUAGACUACUAGCUCCUACACUUCUUGAUGACGAAGUGUAAGGGCCGGGUGCCCGGGUGCCCUCUCUCUCCGCGACGCCGGCAGUUCGACCGUGGAUAUGGCCACCAUUGCUGAAACUCUCUUUCUUCGUCAUAGCUUUUGUGCACCUCUUGUGAAUUAAUGCCGUACGUACGUGUUCAGCUUGAGUUCCAGCGUCUUCAUCGUCUGGUUCCUGUGUUUGAUCGAUGCACGCCUCAUAUCAUCAAUGCAACGACGAGCAAGUUCUUCCUUCUCUUA